AUGGGGAAUUGUGAUAAGGAUGCGGGUGAUUCGGGGAUUCAUUCACCUGAGCAUUUAUCCGGUUCACAGCGUAAAAGCUCACCGUCAUCAGGAUCUCGAUGUGGAUCAGGUCUUACUGGAUCACCACGUGAUCUUUCUCCUCCAUUACUUCAGGAAUUGGCAUGUAUGAACCUUCGUGAGAUGGCUUCUCGACCGGAUUUUGGUCGUGCUGGACGUCAAAUUGCAAUUCGAUCAAAUUUCUUCGAAGUUGGCAUUGUUAAUAAUAAUAUGAUGGUUACACAGUAUCAUGUAGAAAUUCAUCAUCCGGGAUCCAGAAAACUUGACAGAGAGGAAAAUCGUACGAUAUUUUGGAAAGUAAUAAUGGAUCAUUGUCAAUAUUUCCCAAAUAAAUUUGCUAUUGCAUAUGACGGAGCACAUCAAUUAUAUACUCCAACACGUAUUGAAUUUCCUGAAGGACGUCCAUCUAUUCGACUAGAAAGUGACGUAUCAUUGGCAAAAGAUUCACGCGAACAUACUCGUUGCGCAGUUUCGUUCCAGUGUGUUGGACCGGUACUGAUUGAAAUGCGGCGCACAAGGACGAAUAAUUUAGACGAAAGAAUUUUAACACCAAUUCAAAUUAUUGAUAUUAUAUUCCGUCAAUCACUUACCUGUCCAUAUAUCGAAAAUUCUGCAAAUUUUGUUGUUUACAAAUCAUCAAGCUAUCGUUUACCGGUGAAUGGUGGUACAGCAUUAAAUUUAGAAGGUGGCAGAGAGAUGUGGACUGGAUUUUUCUCAUCUGCGCAUGUGGCAGUCGGUUGGAAACCGCUUCUUAACAUCGAUGUAACGCAUACAACAUUUUAUAAAGCGCACAUGUCUUUGGUGCAAUUUAUGUGUGAAGUAUUAAAUGAAAAAUCGGGUUAUUAUUGUCGAUCAAAUUCAAGGGAAGAUCAACGUGAUACUUCAUCAAGUAACACACGUAAUGCACGUAAUGGAUCAUGUUAUGAUGGCGGUUACAGUAAUUCAUCAUCUCAUUCACGUUACGUAAAUAAUCGACGUCGUAACUAUAACUGCCAUAUUUCUAUGGGAGGAGCACUUUCUCCUGAAAAAUUACACAAAGAUUUUUCAUUGAGUAGCCAUGAGUUAAAAAUUUUUGGUGAUGUUGUAAAAGGAAUUAAAGUACGUAUUUCACAUCGUGCUGGUAUGAUCCGUGUUUAUCGUAUCAAUAGUCUUCAACUUCCAGCUGAUCAACUUUGGUUUCAAGGUAAAGAUGAAGAUGGUAAUGAACGACGUAUGACUGUAGCUGAUUAUUUCAACGAACGUUAUAAUAAAUUAAAAUUUCCUAAAUUACCAUGCGUUCACGUUGGUCCAAUAACACGUAAUAUUUAUUUUCCAUUGGAAGUUUGUAUGCUUGAUACGCCACAAAAAUACAAUAAGAAAUUAAGCGAUAAACAAACAUCAACUAUUAUUCGAGCGGCAGCUGUUGAUGCAAUUUCACGUGAACAACGUAUUGCAUCAUUAUUUGAUCAAGCUGGCUUUCAAUAUGAUCCAUUCUUACGUGAAUUUGGCUUACAAAUUAAUCCAAAAAUGUUUGAAACAAUUGCUCGUGUAUUAACACCACCUCGUAUACUAUUUGGUGAAAAUAAUCAUAGAACGGAUCCAAUUGUUACACCAAAAGAUGGUACAUGGUCAAUGGAUAAUCAACAACUUUAUUUACCUGCAAGUUGUCGUAGCUAUUCAAUGAUAGCAAUUGUUAGUCCACGUGAGCAGAAUCAUUUACAAGCAUUCUGUCAAACACUCAUGCAAAAAGCUAUUCAAAUGGGAAUGGAAUUUCCAAAUUGGCCUGAUUUAGUGAAAUAUGGUCGUACCAAAGAAGACAUUGUCAUUUUAUUUAAUGAAAUUGCAACUGAAUAUAAGCAAACAGGGACAACAUGUGAUCUGGUCAUUGUCGUAUUACCAACAAAAAAUUCUGACCUAUAUAUGACAGUAAAAGAAUGCAGUGAUAUGAUACAUGGAAUAAUGUCACAAUGUAUUCUAAUGAAAAAUGUCGUGCGUCCAUCAUCUGCCACCUGUUGUAAUAUAAUUUUAAAAUUGAAUAUGAAAUUAGGUGGGAUUAAUUCACGUGUUAUUGCUGAUUCAAUAACUCAAAAAUAUCUGAUCGAUGUGCCAACUCUUGUCAUCGGAAUUGAUGUCACACAUCCAACACAACUUGAGGAACGACAGAAUAUUCCAUCUGUUGCGGCGAUUGUAGCUAAUCUUGAUCUAUAUCCGCAAUCAUAUGGCGCAAAUAUUAAAAUCCAGCGUAAAUGUCGUGAAUCAGUUGUUUAUCUUUUGGAUGCUAUACGUGAACGUCUUGUUAGCUUCUAUAAAACGACACAUCAGAAACCAAUUCGUAUCAUUGUUUAUCGUGAUGGAGUAUCUGAAGGACAAUUUAGUGAGGUUUUACGUGAAGAAAUGCAAGGUAUUCGUACAGCAUGUUUGAUGUUAUCACCAGAUUAUCGACCACCAAUUACAUACAUUGUGGUACAAAAGCGCCAUCAUGCACGAAUGUUUUGCAAGUUUGCGCGCGAUGCAGUUGGUAAAGCAAAAAAUAUUCCACCUGGUACGGUAAUUGAUACAGGAAUUGUUUCACCGGAAGGUUUUGACUUCUAUCUAUGCUCACAUUUUGGUAUUCAGGGUACUUCUAGGCCAGCACGUUAUCACGUUCUUUGGGAUGAUUCGAAAUUCACGUCUGAUGAACUUCAAUCAAUAACAUUUAAUAUGUGUCAUACGUACGGACGCUGUGCUCGUUCAGUUUCUAUUCCGGCACCUGUCUAUUACGCUGAUCUUGUCGCCACACGUGCACGAUGUCAUCUCAAACGAAAAAUGGGUGUAUAUGAAUCAGAGUUAAUAUCAGAUACUGCAUCACUUAUUUCCUCAUCGUUAUCAUCACUGAUUUCUGCAGGACGUAUCACAACUCUACAACAUAUCAUCGAUGAUAACGACGAUCUUUCAGAUGCAGAAAGUAUUAAAGACGGUUGCGCACAAUCAAUAAUGAGUAAUAGCGAUACAAUAUUACAGGAAUAUGUUACAGUAUCGGAGAAAUUUAAAGGACGAAUGUAUUUCGUUUAA